AUGGCCAAUCACAGCAACGAUGACCUCGGUAACAAUGUUAUGGAAGGUGAUCUACAACGACUGGCACUUGGCCAACUUACCGGCAUAGGUCCUAAUCAGGAAGCUCCAGUGAUCAGAAUUGCCUCACAAGAACCAGUUACUUUGUUUCCAAACAACCAGCCUCGUGUUACUCAAAAUGCUAACAGCAACAGCGGCUUUUUAGUAUAUCAGGGUAAUGAAGUAUUUAACGAAACGAAUUCGCUCGUACCGCACAGUUUUGCGGACGGGCUAGCCCAUGUGGCAUUUGUACAGAACAGCUGGGCUCCCACCAAAUGGAAGGAUGCACGCAUUACGAACAUUCCGAGAACGCGGGCGAGAGCACUGGCUGGUUUUACAGUUUUCGCCGAGAACGAAGCCGUGAAUCGCCGCACGCAAGAGAAACCACGUGCUCUACUGCUCGUUGCGGACAAGGUCAAUUCGGCUGAAGAACUUCUUGUGGAGAAACGUUCGAACUGCUGCAUUUGA